AUGUCAGGUGAAGGGAAGACAGUUAUUGACGCCGUUGAAACCACAAUGGACGGUGAUGAAAGUUACUUUCGAAUGUUUGUGGGUGAGGAAGGAGACCGAAGCAACCUGCAGAGUCGAUUUUACGAAAACAAGUACCCUGAGGUCGAAUCCGUUGUCAUGGUGAAUGUCCGCAAUAUUGCUGACAUGGGUGCCUAUGUCUCUCUUUUGGAAUACGACAAUAUUGAAGGAAUGAUCUUACUUUCCGAGCUAUCUCGUCGUCGUAUUCGUUCCAUUCACAAACUUAUUCGCGUCAACCGCAACGAAGUUGUGAUGGUCCUUCGUGUUGAUAAGGAAAAGGGUUACAUCGAUCUUAGUAAGCGCCGAGUAUCUCCUGAAGAUGUCGCAAAAUGCGAAGACCGAUACAACAAGGCUAAGGCCGUACAUGGAGUGCUCCGUCACUUGGCAGAAAGACGAAAGCUCUUCUUGGAAGAGUUGUACGAGAAAAUUGGCUGGCCGCUAUACAAGAAGUACGGCCACGCAUUCGAUGCUUUCAAGAUUGCUAUUUCCGAGGAUAAGAAUGCUGGGGAUCCAUUCGCCGAACUUGGUGAUGUUCCUCCGGAUAUCAUUGAAGAAUUGAAGACAUAUAUUCUGCGACGUCUAGCACCACAACCGAUCAAGAUCAGAAGUGAUAUUGAAGUUUCUUGCUUCACUUACGAGGGAAUUGAUGCCAUUCGCCAGGCAUUGUUCGAUGGUAUGGCUGUUGGAAGCGAGACAAACCCCAUCCGAAUCAAACUUAUUGCACCACCUAUCUAUGUUCUUUCAACGACUACGCUUGAGAAAGAAGUCGGUAUUGGUAUGUUGAACAAAGCAAUUGACACGAUCAAGGAGACAAUAACAGCAAAGGGAGGAAAGAUUGACGUCAAGAUGGCACCAAAGGCUGUAAGUGUCAAGGAAGAGACUGAACUCCAAGAUAUGAUGGAGAGACUGGCCAUGGAGAACGAAGAAGUUGACGGUGAUGCCCCAGAUGAAGAAUAA